AUGGGCAACAGUCAAGGCAAGCCCGUUGAUCUCAACGGCGAAGUGAACCUAAACCAUUUCCGAUUAUUACGAGUCGUCGGUCGCGGUGCUUUUGGUAAAGUGCGAAUAGUCGAAAGAAAAGAUACCAACCUAUCGUUUGCCCUAAAGUACAUUCGUAAAGAUGAGGUCGUACGGUCUGAAAGCGUCCGAAAUAUUAUACGAGAACGACGCAUGCUCGAGCAUGUGAACCACCCUUUUAUCUGUAACUUGCGAUAUAGUUUCCAAGAUAUCGAGUAUAUGUACCUUGUGGUUGACUUAAUGAGCGGAGGCGACCUGCGUUUUCACAUAUCGAGAAAGGCUUUCACUGAAGAUGCUGUGCGUUUCUGGAUAGCGGAAUUGGGAUGUGCGCUCAGAUACAUACACGGGCAAGGCAUAAUACAUCGAGAUGUGAAGCCAGACAACGUGCUACUAGAUGCUGACGGCCAUGUUCACUUGACUGAUUUCAACGUUGCCUCAGACGUUAUACCCGGAAAGGUUCUCACGAGCAAAUCGGGAACUCUUGCGUACCUCGCCCCCGAAGUAUAUGCAGGUAAAGGCUACGAUGUAAGGGCCGAUUGGUGGUCGCUGGGGGUAUUGUUUUACGAAUGUAUCUACAACAAGCGCCCAUUUGAGGGUAAUUCGGAAUCUACCUUAACGAAUGUCAUCCUUGCAGCAAACCCGAAAUUCCCCGUCACUCAACCUCCAGUCUCACUACCAUGUCUGUACGCCAUCGGUUCUGCUCUAAAUCCGAACACCGACAAGAGGCUCGGUCAUACCUGGGAAAGCUUCAUAAACGAGUCCUUCUUUCAGUGCAUUGACUUUGAGGCUUUAGAAAGAAAAGAACUGGAACCCGUAUUUAUCCCAUCGGCAGACAAGACCAACUUCGAUGCUACUUACGACCUCGAAGAAUUGUUAUUAGAGGAGGCGCCACUAGAGGCCAGGGCGCGGAGACAAAAACCCAGAGAGAGGUUAAAGGAUGACGCCACCGAGAAGGAGAUCCGGGAAGAGGAGCUAUACCGUACCAUCGAGCGGGAAUUUCAGCCGUUCGAUUACACUGUUGCAGCUUAUAAGAAAAUUACGGCACAGCAGGCGGAUGGAACCGGAGAUAAUAGUCCUGCUCUGAGCCCAGCCAAUGAAGAGGCUCGAGCCAUCAGUACCGACGAGGCGAAACCGGCCCCGAGCAAUAAUAGAGCUCCGCAGCAAUUAUACCAACCUUCACCUGUACAAAAUAAACCCCCGUCAGAUAAGAGUAUUACGACGAGCGGUAACCGCGGCGCAGCCAAAAGCGCACCUCGACCCCCAGCGCCGCUUCCAUCAUAUCACCGCACAUACAGCAAGAGCGUUUCUCAGUCUUCAGGUCUGCAAGUCAAAUCUCCCAGCGGCGGCAUAUCGGUCACGUUGGAGGAUACAGGCAGCUGGUCGGAUCUAGCGCGUAGGGAUACGACGUUACCGGCUGAUGCUAAUGUCACGAGUGAGGAUAAGUCGUCUGGGGGUGGCGGCGUCUUUGGACUUUUUGGCCGAAAGAAGAGGGGCCAUAGUCCAAAGCCAAAAGAAAGAGGAGUUUUGGGUAAAGAAGGGGCACGACAGAUAAUUGGUUGA